UUCUGGGCAUCAUAGAUGCGUCCAGCAAAUUAAUGCGAUUCUUAGAUUAAUCAAAAUAUCUUUUUAGUAGCCAUUUGACACGGAAAACGCGAACUCGCUUUUGUUGCAAAAUCGAGUCUCAUCUUAGGUUACCGCACACUCCGCGGCUGUCAACGUCAUAUGCUUUCUGGUGCCACUGUGCGAUGGGAUUGUUGUUAUUAAAGUUCCAUGUGUUUUAAUUAACGUUUAUUUAUGUUAAUUUUUUUCACAAUUUUGGGUUUUCGAUCGCUGUGAAACAUGGCUUCUCUUCGAGAAAAACAAAUUGGUGCUUUAAAGCAAAUGCUCAAUUUGAAUGAUCCUGAGCCAAGACCGGAAGGUGCAAUACCAGUAUGGAAAGUUUUGAUUUAUGAUCGAUUGGGUCAAGAUAUCAUUAGUCUAUUAGCAUCAGUUAAGGAACUGAAAGAACUUGGAGUCACGCUCCAUCUGCAAUUACACGCAGACAGAGAUCCUAUUCCAGAAGUGCCGGCUGUUUACUUCUGUGCCCCAACAGAUGAAAAUAUUGGACGCAUUGGUCAAGACUUGCAAAAUAAUUUAUAUGACAUCUAUCAUAUGAAUUUUAUAUCUCCAAUACCAAGGCACAAGAUGGAAGAUCUAGCUGCUGCAGCUUUGAUGGCUGGAGCUGUUGCCAAUAUUCAUAAGGUAUUUGAUCAAUAUCUUAAUUUUAUUACAUUAGAGGAUGAUCUUUUUAUACUUAGACACCAAAACAGUGACAUUAUUUCUUAUCAUGCUUUAAAUCGAGGAGCAAUGAAGGACACAGAAAUGGAACAAAUCCUGGAUAUAAUUGUAGAUAGUCUUUUCUCAGUUUUUGUUACGCUUGGGACAGUUCCAAUAAUCAGGUGUCCUAAAGGUAAUGCUGCAGAACAAGUUUCCAGAAAGCUUGACAAGAAACUAAGAGAAAAUGUUUGGGACUCAAGAAAUACCUUAUUCCAAGGCGAAGGAAUUAGGUCUAGUCACUUUAGUUUUCAGAGACCAGUUCUGAUAAUUCUAGACCGUAGUGUGGAUAUGGCGACAGUUUUCCAUCACACGUGGACGUAUCAAGCGCUGGCUCACGAUGUCUUGGAACUGUCUCUGAAUCGGCUUGUCGUUGAAGAGAGCGUAGGUAAAUCUGCAGCUGGCGGUGCGCGAUCUAAGACGCGAGCUUACGAACUUGAUAGCAGAGACAAGUUCUGGUCUGCACAUAAAGGUAGCCCUUUUCCGAGGGUCGCUGAGGCUAUUCAAGAGGAGCUUGAACAGUAUCGUACGUUUGACCAGGAAAUGAAGAAACUUAAAUCGUCCAUGGGUAUAGAUGGUGAAAGCGAUGAAGCAGUGUCAAUGGUAAUGAUGGAUAAUACAUCAAAAUUAAGUAAUGCGAUGCAUUCUGUGCCGCAGUUCGUCGAAACGAAGCGUUUGAUUGAUAUGCAUACGACAAUAGCAACAGGAAUUUUGAAUGCGAUAAAAUCUCGACGUUUGGAUACGUUCUUUGAACUUGAAGAGAAAAUAAUGAGCAAACAAACUUUAGAUCGAAGUAUCCUGGAUAUCAUAAAUGACCCAGAAUGCGGCCUACCCGAUGAUAAACUGCGUCUUUUUAUUAUUUAUUAUCUUUGCACAAAUAUAUCAGAUGCAGAGUACAAUAAACAUGAAGCAGCAUUGUCAAACAUUGGCUGUGAUUUAAAUCCCUUAAUUUACCUUAGAAGAUGGAGAAAUUAUAUGAAGAUGGCUGGUGUCCAAAAUAGUUAUGAAGGUGGCGGGACAAAAACUGUUAGUAUGUUUUCUAAAUUAAUGAAUCAAGGAUCUUCUUUUGUAAUGGAAGGUGUGAAAAAUCUUGUUGUAAAAAGACAUAAUCUGCCUGUUACAAGGAUAGUUGAUGAAUUGAUAGAAAUGAAACAAUCUACUGAAACUGAUGAUUACUGUUACUUUGAUCCAAAACAGUUGAAACCUACAGAGCAGGCUCCAAAAAAUCGAACAGUGUUUCAAGAAGCCAUAGUUUUUAUUGUUGGAGGUGGAAAUUAUAUAGAGUAUCAGAAUUUAAUGGACUAUGUAAAGCAAAAGACUGGAGGUGGUACAAAUAAACGCAUUGUCUAUGGUUCAACCACACUAACGAAUGCUAGGCAAUUCCUGAAACAGCUGUCUCUACUAGGUCAGGAGACACAUUAAUCAACUGUAUACAAUAUAUAGAUAACUUUAUGAGUUAAGAGAUCUAUUUUUUUCACGUACGCUAUUUCCACUCGCAAAGUACAUUUUUCCAAUUUAUUAGCUUGUAAUAUUGUUGAAAAUAUCAUUGUCUCAUAAAUUUUGAUAUUUAUUGAAAAAAGAAGGUCAAACGAUUUUUUAAUGGUGUUAAAAGGUGAAAAAGGCAAGAACUUGGAAAAAAUUCUUUAAUUUGUUACUUUAGUAAUAAAUGUUUACAUUGUAAAUAAUAAA